UUCCUGACAUACGAGGCGCUGAAGAAGCCUUUUGAGGCGCCUCAAAAGUCACCUCCCAUCACUCCCAACCCCACCCCACCCCUCCUUGCGUGCGCGCCCCACCAGUUCCUGACAUACGAGGCGCUCAAGAAGCGAGCGCUGGAGGCACAGGUCAAGGCAGCAGGGGGAAGGACAGACGGCCCCCACGCCACACUGCUUUCCCCUGCCAACCAGUUGCUGGUGGGAGGGGCAGCGGGGUCCACAGCAGCAUUCUGCACCACGCCCUUUGAUGUCGUUAAGACACGCCUGCAGACGCAGCUACCAGGGGCGCCCAAGUACAAGGGCGUGGUGGAUGCAUUCACACGCAUCGUCAGGGAGGAGGGCAUUGGGGCGCUCUCUACCGGUGAGAUGCAGGGGAGGGGCGUUGUGUUGCAACCAGUGCCGUGGUGCAAGGGACUUGGCGGGGUGGCUCCGCGGCUGCUGAUCUACAUCUCCCAGGGCGCCAUCUUCUUUGCCUCGUACGAGCUGCUACGCCGCCUGCUGCUGCCCCCCCACUCCCUGCCCCUGCACCCACCGCGCACCCUUGCACAGGUGCAGGCAACCCCGCAGGCACCCCCGCAGUUCCCGGCAGGCAGGCGUCAUCAGACCGCGAAUCGAAACGGCGCCUCUGAUCCACGAGGACCCGUGAGCUCGCAUCCUUGGAGAUCACGCUGCCCCUCCCGCUCACUCCGAGCCGGACAACCCCCGCGCCGCACCUCCCACGCGCGCGCUGCUGCGCGGGCCGCUGUCAUGCCGCCGCUCAACCCGGAUCUGUUUUCCCGGCAGGCCGCGGAGUACGCGCGGCACCGCCCGCGGUACCCCCCCGCGCUGUUCGCGUUCCUGGCGGAGCUCUGCCCCGCGCGCGAGCUGGCGUGGGAUGUGGGCACGGGCAACGGGCAGUGCGCCGCCGAGCUGGCGGGGCUGUUCGCGCGCGUGGUGGCGACGGACAUCAGCGCGGCGCAGCUGAGCCACGCGCCCGCGCUGCCCAACGUGCGCUACGCCGCCACGCCGCCCGCCAUGGACGACGCGCACGUGCGCGACAUCGUCGGGCCGCCCGCGAGUGUGGAUCUGGUGACGGCAGCGCAGGCCAUGCACUGGUUCCACUUUGACCGCUUUGCUGCCAACGUGCGUGCCGUGCUCAAGCCACGCACGGGCGUCGUUGCUGCCUGGUGCUACACCCUGCCUCGCGUGAAUCCACGGGUUGACAGUGCGUUGGACCGCUUCUAUGCACGUUCCGACCCCUACUGGGAGCCGCAGAGGCGCUACAUUGACCGCUGCUACCGGGACAUUCCCUUCCACUUUCAACCCUUGCCCCAGCUUCAGGAGCAGGGCACAGGUCCCUUGCGAUUCGAGUCCAUUGUGGAGUGGAGUUUCGAAGAUGUCAUUGGCUUUCUCUCCUCCUGGUCGGCUGUUAAUACUGCCAAGGCGAAAGGCGUAGACCUGUUGGCACCGGACGCGUGUGCUGAGUUGGAGGAGGCAUGGUUGGCUGAAGAGAGUGGCGGUGCGGAGGGAAGCAAGGAGAGGAGCUCCAGUGAGGUGCACAGGAGAGUUUGCUUCCCCAUUUUUAUGCGUGUAGGGACGGUUGAACCCUGA